CAAUUACUCACCAUAACGAUGUUGUGCUCUUGUACAGGCCUUUCAUAUUUGAGACUCCAUGCCCAGCGAUUUAGGUAGUCCGAUGUGCGCGCUACAUAUGUACGCCCUCGUCGCUUCACGACAUCACGACUUCAGGCGGCUGAAUCGCGUCAUCGGUAGACCAUGCCUUUGGUCAACCCUACGUUUGCAGUAGCCACCACAGGACUAGAACUGCCGAGCACUUUAGACCCGCAGCUGCCAAGGUGAUAAUACUCGAGACGGUAUAAUCACAGUGGGAUCCAUUAUGAUUUCUUAGAAACCUCUCACAACGCAUCGCAAACCUCAAAAUGGCGCUCUUCGACUCGCCGAAGAACCCUGGAGGGCAUAUAUCACCAACAGUCGAUCACGGGCAUGAUGAAGAUUUUGAGCGCAUCGACCCUGAGCUGGGAGUGAAGCGCGGCUUGAAGACUCGACAUCUUUCGAUGAUGGCUCUGGCGGGAAUUAUCGGUCCUGGUAUCUUAGUCGGCACUGGUGGUGCGCUCUCGAAUGGAGGUCCUGCUUCCCUCAUCAUUGGCUUCGGUAUCAUCGGUAUCAUUGCAUGGAGCAUCACGCAGUCCUUGGGCGAGAUGACGACACUCUAUCCAACCGGUGGCGCCUUCAUCACCCUCUCGAAACGCUUUGUGGACGAAGCUUUCGGAGUCGCAAUGGGCUGGAACUAUUGGCUAGUCUGGGGAUGCGUGCUUGCCAACGAGUACAAUGUUAUCUCCUCGCUUUUAGUAUUUUGGAGCGACAAGGUGCCGUUGUGGGGAUACUUCCUCAUCUUUUGGUUUGCGUUCCUGGGCUUCCAAAUGAUCGGAGUCGAGUCUUUCGGCGAAGCUGAGUUCUGGCUAGCUUUGGUCAAGCUGUUCGGUCUCUGUGCCUACUUCAUCUUCGCAAUCAUCUACGCUUCUGGUGGACUGAUUGGACAAGACGAAGCGCUUGGCUUUCGGUAUUGGCGAGACCCAGGAGCAUUCACCAAUGGAUUUAGAGGAGUCGCACAGGUCUUCGUCUUCGCUUCGACCUUCUACGUUGGCGUGGAGGCUGUCGCGGUUGCAGCUACCGAGACAAAAAACCCAAGUGUUGCAGUCCCACUAGCCAUCAGACAGGUCAUCUGGCGCAUCUUGUUCGUCUACAUGGGUGUUGCCUUCUUCUUCGGUCUCACCUGCCCAGCAAACGCAGAUGGCUUGAUCAAUGGCGAGAGUCGCGCCCUGAAGAGUCCAAUGACUAUUGCGAUCCAAAACGCUGGCUGGGAAGGGGGUGUGCAUCUCAUCAACGCCUUCAUCUUCAUCACAGUCAUAUCCGCAGCCAACAGUUCGAUCUACAUUGGUUCCCGUACAAUCUUAUUUAUGGCGAAAGACGGCGGUGCGCCAGCAUUCUUGGGCUGGACCAACAGCCGCGGAGUGCCCGUAUACGCCAUCAUCCUCACCAACUUGUUCGGUGUCCUGAGUAUGAUGAACAUCUCCACGGGCGGUGGUAAGGCGUAUUCUUACAUCAUUAACUUGAGUGGGGUAUCGACUUUUUUGGUCUGGGCAGGUAUUUCGCUCACGCACAUCCGAUUCCGUCAAGCAUGGAAGGACCAAGGCCGAUUCCCCGAUCAGCUCCCCUUCAGAGCUGCGCUACAUCCAUGGAAUGCCUACUUCGGUCUCUUCGCAAACGUCUUCCUUGCAUUUGUUCAGGGCUGGACUACGCUGUCACCAUUCGACGCUGGUACAUUCGUCGAUGCUUAUAUUCUCCUGCCGCUGUUUGGCAUCAUCUUCUUCGUCUACAAGUUCUGGAAAAAGACUAGGUGGUGGAGGAGUCUUGAGGUGGACCUCAAUUCAGGUAUGCGGAAGGACCUGGAAGCGAAGGAUGAGAACAUCGAAUCUAUUCAGCAGAAGAGCUUUCUGAAACGUGUUUGGGCCAGCUUUUAGGCAUCGUUCGAUACGGAAUCUGGCCAUUGCAAUCGACGUAGUGUAAAUAAGUCGGUUUCACAGCUCACAGUCAAGUGCGCCAAAUGUGAUUGCGACGAUCGGUCGCACGCAUUCACAGUACCAUGACACAAAGAUGAACGAUUCUGCGCCUUUCGAUGUCCACAGUCUUACUGAAAACAGAAUUUGGACACCCUUGAUGUGGAGCUUUGUGGACUACUGCCGCACGCGUGGCCGACCGCUAGACAGCAGACCGGCUGUGUUGCGAGACUACUCACACAGUCCGCCGCGAAUUCCACAGGGACCCACACACACGCCUCAUGGGUUCCUCGUACAUGGCACGCCUGGAACACACGCCAGCGACAGUUACUUUGCUCUCUCUGUCACUUCGGCUGUUAGCGGAGACCAGAUCGGAAUGACUGCUAAUGAUGUGGGCAAUACCUGCCUAUACAAC